GGACAUCAGGAAUGCGGGCUUCCUGAGCCCCGACUGACUAUGACAAGCUGCCUGAAGCCAUCUGACGUCUCCCGAGCCGGCAGGAGUCAGCAUGCAGGCGAAACACAGCAGCGCCAGGGACAUGCUGGAGGACGACGCGGACACGGCCACCAGCCUGUAUUCCCGAGCCUCCACCGCCCUGCAGGCAGAGUCCGGGCGCUCAGAUGCCCGGACCCCAUCAUCAGCUUGGCGUCCCGUGGCGCUCACCCUGUUGACCUUGUGCUUGGUGCUGCUGGUGGGCCUGGUGGUCCUGGGCCUUCUGUUUUUUCAGUUCUACCACCUCUCCAAUACUCAGCAAGACAGCAUCUCCCAGCAGGAAGAAAGUCUACGGAACCUCUCCCGACAGCUGCGGUCACUGCAAGUCCAGAACGAGGAGCUUGCAGAAAGACUGUGUCGUGAGCUCUACAACAGAAGCGGAGAACACAGGUGCAGCCCUUGCCCAGAAAAAUGGAAGUGGCAUGGGGAUAAAUGCUACCAAUUUUACAAGGAGAGUAAAAGUUGGCAAGGCUGUGAAUACUUAUGCAUUGCUGAAAAUUCCACCAUGCUGAAGAUAAACUCCCAAGAAAAGCUGGACUUUGCCAUGCCUCACAGCUACUCGGAGUUUUUCUACUCGUACUGGACGGGGCUUUCCCGCAACAGCAGCGGCAAGGCCUGGCUGUGGACGGAUGGAACCCCGCGCUCCUCGGAACUGUUUGAGAUUAUGAUAGAUGCUUCCACCUCAAGGCACAGGGACUGUGUGACCAUCCUCAACGGGAGAGCGUUCUCGAAGGACUGCAGGGAGCUGCGGCGGUGCGCCUGUGAGAAGAAGGCGGGCAGCGUGGUCGCCGAACAUCUCCUCUAGACUCCACGGCGCAUCAGGAGGGACCCAGGCAUCCAGGCUGCAUGACCAGCAAGAGCUUGAGCCCCGUUGAGGCCCAUGCAAGGGCUGCUUGAGACCUUGGCAAGUGGCAAACAUUCAGGACAGGGAGGUUAUCACUGACAUGCGGGGCUGUCCUGUUUCCUACACAGGCUCAUGCUUUUAGGAGCUUUGGUUGGAGCAGUACAUGUUUACCAGUCAUAAAAACUCUUCUCCGUGGGCCGCCAACAAACCCCAGAAACCAAGGAGGUCGUCUUCUUGACUCACAGAUGAUCUUCAGCUAUCUUCCUGCCCAGCGUCAUUACCAUCUCGGCUCCUAUGUCUCCGCGACAUUUGGGAAAGUGAGAAACUUACUGAAACAAAGAAACGAAGGAGUAGCAAGCUCUGGGUGAUGGUGUGUGCUGCCCGUCAUCCCAGCCCUAGGGAGGCGGGAGAUCUGGAGUUCAAGGUCAGCUCUGCUACGCUGGAAGAUCAAGGGUACAUAAGACCCUUCUCUCAAAGAACAAAAACUGAAAUGAUAGCAACAAGACCAAAAGAUGUUGUUGCAGUCAGGUUCACAUUGUUGGCAGAAAUCACCCAACCAAGAGCAGCUUU